CCCGAAAAUUGUUAUCCAAUUGCACAUCUCCUCGUACAUCAUCGUCAUUUUCAUUUGUGGAUUACCCAAGAAGUGCGAAUACUCUCUUCACUUCCCCGAAGGUCCUUGGGUUAUUGGUUAAAAUAGACACACUGCAUAAGAAGCAGUGGGUCAAGUGUCUCGAUCCCUCUGAAACCCCCAAGUUUUCUACCAAAAAAAUCCUCCCUUGAAUUAAAAAAUCAAGUUGUUGCAUUAAAAUUUAACAAUAAUGGCUGCACGUUCGUUGGCGAGAUACGUCCAAUCAAGGGCUAUUACACCACAAAUUCACCGGUGUGCAACAUCAAUGUCUGCCUUUGAAAUUCAACACAGAACACCGACAAUCAAGAAGAUCAUGCCAAUACCGAAGGCCCACUACGGUGGUCGUCAUGCUGUGACACUUUUACCUGGAGCUGGAAUCGGUCCCGAGCUCAUGGGAUAUGUUAAAGAGGUAUUCAGCUACGCCGGAGUCCCCGUAGACUUCGAGGACGUCGACAUCGAUCCAAACGCAGACGACAACGAGGACCUGGACUACGCAAUCACGUCAAUCCGUCGCAACGGUGUCGCCCUAAAAGGAAACAUCGAGACUCGUUCCCGCGAGGCUGGCGUUCUCUCUCGCAACGUGGCCCUCCGCAACGAGCUCGACCUCUACGUCAACGUCCUCCACUACGUCUCCUACCCAGGUGUCAACUCACGCCAAAAGAACAUCGACAUCGUCAUGGUGCGCCAGAAUACCGAGGGUGAAUACGCAAUGCUGGAGCACGAGUCUGUCGAUGGAGUUGUCGAGAGUAUGAAAAUCAUCACCAGAUCCAACUCCGAGAGAGUCGCUCGUUACGCAUUUGAGUAUGCCAAGCGCAAUGGAAGAAAAAAAAUCACAACUGUUCACAAAGCGAAUAUCAUGAAACUGUCGGACGGUCUUUUCCUGGAGACUGCAAGACAAAUAGGCAAGGAAUACCCGGACAUUCAGCUCAACGACAUGAUCAUUGACAAUACCUGCAUGCAACUCGUCUCCAAUCCUCACCAGUUUGACGUCAUUCUUACAACAAAUUUGUACGGCGCUAUUGUCUCAAACGUUGUUUGUGGACUUCUGGGAGGUGCUGGCCUCCUCGCUGGUAAAAAUUAUGGGGAUCACUACACCAUCUUCGAGCCAGCGACACGCAACACUGGUGCUGCCAUCGCUGGUAAAAAUAUUGCUAAUCCCAUUGCCAUGCUGAAUGCAGCAUGCGAUAUGUUACGUCAUCUGGGUCACAAGACACACGCCACUGUCAUCCAGACUGCCAUCAACAAGACCAUUAAUGCCGGAGUUCACACUGCUGACCUGGGGGGCACUGCCACUAGUCGGGAUGUCGUUGACAAUGUUCUCAAGCACAUCAAAAUUGCCACGAGUGAAUUUUAAAUGGAAUGGGAGACAUUGAGGAGGGUGUAGGAUGGUUGGAGAUAUUAGAAAUCAAUUGACAUUUUUUAAUAUCUCAUUAUUGAGGUUCACGACAUAUUUUUAAUGUCGAUGAACUAAUUUAGAGCUGAUUUUUGACCUUUUCGACACUUCAGAAUUUAGAACUGCACAAUUGUUGAGGAGAGGGGGACCCGGGGAGCCCCGUUGUACAGUUUAGAACGCUGAUUCGGAGCUUUUUCAGAGGGGAGGCUGUUUUUGAUUCAGGGAGGCUUUGUAAUAUAUGCAUUGUGAUCGAUUAGUUGAACUAAGUCAUUUUUUCCCAGUCAUUGUAAUUUCCCGGACUAAUUAAACCAAUUGUAAUGUUA